GGGCCGGCCCGGGCGGGGGCGCUGCGGGGAUGGAGGAGAGCGAGCGGCUGCGGAGGGAGAUCCGGAGGCUGCAGGGUCUCAUAGACAGCCACAGGAGCGCCCACGGGGACGCGCCGCGGCCGCCGAGCUGGGGCAACCCCAGGCAGCCCCCGUUCGGCAGGAGGGGGCCGUUUUCGGGCGGGUACCCCCCGCAACCCCCCCGGGAUUUCCGGCAGGGCCGCUCCUGGAGGAAGAAAUAUUCCCUCGUCAACCAGCCGCCGCCGCGCGAGGCGGGGAACGUCGGCACCUCCAGGGUUUUCGGGGGCGGCGGCGCGGAGGGCAGGGCGGCCCCGGCACCCGCGGCGGCCCCGGAGAGGCACGUGGACUUGACUAGGGACGGGAACAUUGUCGUGGGGAUCCAGGUGACGCAGAGGACCGACCUGGUUCUAGGUCCCGAAGGUCUUGGUGCUGAAGGUCUUGGUCCCGAAGGUCUUGGUCCCGAAGGUCUUGGUCCCGAAGGUCUUGGUCCCGAAGGUCUUGGUCCCGAAGGUCUUGGUCCCGAAGGUUUUGGUCCCGAAGGUCUUGGUCUUGAAGGUCUUGGUCCUGAAGGUCUUGGUCCUGAAGGUCUUGGUCCUGAAGGUUUUGAUCCUGAAGGUCUUGGUCCUGGAGGUCUUGGUCCUGGAGGUCUUGGUCCUGGAGGUCUUGGUCCUGGAGGUUUUGAUCCUGAAGGUCUUGGUGCUGAAGGUCUUGGUGCUGAAGGUCUUGGUGCUGAAGGUCUUGGUGCUGAAGGUUUCGGUCCCGAAAGUCUUGCGGGUUCUUACUGGGAAGUUCCCCGGCUGAAAACCGGCGGCGUUGCUCCAGGCGAGGGUAAAAACGGGCAGAAAUCCUCCGCCGCUCCCUACCCGAGCCGAAAAGGGGAGCCAAAGCCCUCCCUCUCCGUCUCCUUCAGUUCCUCCCACCGCGUUGUCAGCUCGUCCUACCCCGGCCCGCUGGAUAAACCCAGGACCGUGCGUCUGAGCGCCGAGGCGGCCGAAAGCUCCCCGGCUCCUUGCGAGAGCGCCGUGGCGCCGAAGACGGAGCCGCAGCGCUCCUGGCCUCCGCCGGGCUGCCAGCAGGCUCGGCACCUGGUGUGGUGCAAGCCGGAGCCACCGGCCCCGGGACAAUCGGGCUGCGAGCAAGGCGGGGAUGUUUUCCGAGAGCCCAAGCUCCUCGGGGGCGAGGAGGCGUCCUCCAGACCCGCUGCGGUUCUGGCGGCCGGGGCGAAGAGCAGGUUUGCGGCGCUGCACAAAGCUCCCGGCCUCCAAAGGGCCGCGGCGGCGGCGGCCUCCGGCAAAGCCUCCAAGUUUAAGAAAACCAACUACACCUGGGUGGCGAACCCCGGGAGGUGCUGCCGGGCCGUGAAGAGGUGGGGGAGCCCUCGGGCCCCCGACGGCGCUCGGAAAAUCCCCGGCGGGGCGGAGAGGGCGGCGAAGGCGUCGCCGAAAGCGGAUUUGGGGAGCAAGCUGAGGAAAUGGCCGCUGCAGCCCAAGCCGGGCGUUUCCCCCAGCAAAUACAAGUGGAAAGCCUCCGCCCUGCAGGCGUCCCCCUCCACGUCCAGGUCGGCGUUCAGGUGGCGGUGCGAGGACGAGAAGAAGCCCGCGGUUUCCGCCUUCCCCCAGGCCAGCCGGCCGCCCAGCGCCGCCGCCGCGGGUCCCGGGGGGGCGAAGCCCUUCGGCGACGCCGUUCUCUCCAGCUACAAAGUGAGGAGCCGGACGAAAAUCAUCCGGAGGAAAGGAAGCUCGGGCUCCGCGGCGGACAAGAAGAGCAGCCCCUCGCCUCCCACGCCUCUGAAGAGCCCCUUCCACGCCAAGAAGCGAAACCUGCGGGGGAAACCGGCGCUGCCCAAACGCUGCUCGCCCAAGGGCCUGCUGCAGCUCACCAAGCACAGGCUCUGCAGGCUGCCGGCCGCCAGGAGCCAGGUUUCCGCCAGGGAAGGUGCCAGCUUGCUCUUUGCAAGGAGCCCCCCGGCCAACAAGGUGAUAAAGACGCGCUACAGGAUAGUGAAGAAGAACGUGGUCUUCCCCUCCUCGUCCUUCAGCAGCCCUGUUCCCAGCUGGAAGACCAGGCGUCUCGGGACAUCCAGGUCCCCGCUGUUAAACCAAGCGCGCCCCUCGCCGCAGGGCAGCAAGUCCCAGCCCGUGCCGCAGGGCUGGAGGAGCAAAGGCUAUCGCUGCAUCGGAGGGGUGAUGUACCGCGUGUCGGCCAACAAGCUCUCCAAAACGUCCAGCACCCCCGGCCGGGGCAGGGACCUGAGCACCAAGAGCCCCGGCAGAGCAGCGAGGUUGAGCGGCACGCCCGGCAGUACUGGCUUCUCCCCAUCUGGUAUCCUGAACCGAUCCGCUACGAGCCGCUACAUUGCCAGCCGUGCUGUUCAGCGGAGUUUGGCCAUCAUUCGUCAAGCCAAGCAGAAGAAAGAGAAGAAGAAGGAGUACUGUAUGUACUACAACCGCUUUGGCAAGUGUAAUCGAGGGGAGAACUGCCCCUACAUCCAUGAUCCAGAGAAGGUGGCUGUCUGCACCAGGUUUCUCCGUGGCACAUGCAAGAAGACGGAUGGGAAUUGCCCAUUUUCCCACAAAGUUUCCAAAGACAAGAUGCCGGUGUGCUCCUACUUCCUGAAGGGGAUCUGCAGCAACAGCAACUGCCCCUACAGCCACGUCUACGUCUCCCGGAAGGCUGAAGUGUGCCAGGAUUUCCUCAAAGGCUAUUGCCCCAUGGGAGAAAAGUGCAAGAAGAAGCACACCCUGGUUUGCCCAGACUUCGCCAAGAAGGGCGUCUGCCCCCAGGGCGCACGCUGCAAGCUGCUGCACCCGCAGAAGAAGCGUCAGCCCCGAGGGGACAUCUCUGACCCCCCCUCCAAGUGCAGGCGGCUCUGCGAGGAGACGGGCAGGAACGACCCGGCUCAGCCGUGCGAUGACGGGGAAGUGCCCGGCCCCGGCGCGGAGCAGGAGGUGAAGUUUUGGAGAGAGGCGGAGGCCUCGCAAAGCAGCCGGCCUGCAGAAGCUGCCCUCCGUCAUCUCCAUCCUGUCUCGGCCUCCCCCGGGGACGAGGGCUGCAAAGUGGAGAGGGACGAGGAAGAGCCAGGUGACGAACCAGGUGGCACCAAGUGGAAAAGGAGCUCGUCGUGGGCGGCCUCGCGGGACUCGGAAAACGCCGCUCAGGAGGAGGGCGGCGGCAGAGGCAAACGGCUGCAGAUCAAGCCCCGGCUGUGAGCGUUGUCCCCUCGGCAGCCGACCAGCUCAGGAAAAGCCAAGCCAGGCAGCAUCGCCUGGCGCCUACCUCAGGACCCCGUGCCGGGACGUGGCCCCCUUCUUGCGUUGAGUUUUGGGAUGUGGUUUCACCAGAGAGCCUGGCAGCGGCGCGGAGGAGCAGCGCCCAGUCCGUGUCGCUCAGGGAGGUGGUUUUGUUGAAGUUGUUUUUUUUUUUUUUUGCCAAUAAAUUCUCUUUUAAGGUGGUUUA